AUGGCCUCGGAGUCGGUGAAAGUGGUGGUUCGUUGUCGGCCCAUGAACCAGCGGGAGAAAGAGCUGAACUGCCAGUCCGUGGUGACAGUGGACUGCGCCCGCGGUCAGUGCUUCAUCCAGAACCCGGGCGCUGCGGACGAGCCGCCCAAGCAGUUCACCUUCGACGGCGCCUAUUACCUGGAGCACUACACCGAGCAGAUCUACAACGAGAUCGCCUACCCCCUGGUGGAGGGUGUCACUGAAGGCUACAAUGGCACUAUCUUUGCCUACGGCCAGACAGGCAGUGGGAAGUCUUUUACUAUGCAAGGCCUGCCAGACCCUUCCACCCAGAGAGGCAUCAUCCCCAGAGCUUUUGAACAUAUUUUUGAGAGUGUGCAGUGUGCUGAGAACACCAAAUUCUUGGUCCGGGCUUCCUAUCUAGAGAUCUAUAAUGAGGAUAUCCGAGACCUGCUGGGAGCUGACACCAAGCAAAAGUUGGAGCUGAAGGAGCACCCAGAGAAGGGCGUGUACGUGAAGGGGCUGUCCAUGCACACGGUCCACAGCGUGGCCCAGUGUGAGCGCAUCAUGGAGAUGGGCUGGAAGAACCGCUCGGUGGGCUACACCCUCAUGAACAAGGACUCCUCGCGUUCCCACUCCAUCUUCACCAUCAGCAUCGAGAUCUAUGCCGUGGACGAGAGAGGCAAAGACCACCUUCGGGCAGGGAAGUUGAACCUGGUCGACCUGGCGGGCAGCGAGAGGCAGUCGAAAACAGGGGCCACCGGGGAGCGACUCAAGGAGGCCACAAAAAUUAACCUCUCGCUAUCGGCCUUGGGCAAUGUCAUCUCAGCCCUGGUGGACGGCCGCUGCAAACACAUCCCCUACCGGGACUCGAAGCUGACCCGGUUGCUGCAGGACUCCCUGGGGGGCAACACCAAGACCCUCAUGGUGGCGUGCCUGUCCCCUGCUGACAAUAACUAUGACGAGACGCUCAGCACCCUGAGGUAUGCCAACCGAGCCAAGAACAUCAAGAACAAGCCUCGCAUCAACGAGGACCCCAAGGAUGCCCUCCUGAGGGAGUACCAGGAGGAAAUCAAGAAACUGAAGGCCAUCUUGGCCCAGACGGUGAACUCCAACAACUUGACAGCCUUGUUGUCGAACCAGCUGUUUGUUAAAACCGAGCAAACCGAGGAGAAGCCACCACCCCCACCACCUCCUCAGCCAGACACUGAAGCAGAGAAACAACUGAUUCGGGAGGAGUAUGAGGAACGACUGGCCCGGCUAAAGGCUGAUUACGAAGCGGAGCAAGAGUCCAGAGCCAAGCUGGAAGAGGACAUCACCGCCAUGCGCAAUUCUUAUGAUGUGAAGCUUUCCACCUUGGAAGAGAACCUCAGGAAGGAGGCUGAGGCUGCCCUGAAGGCUGAGGCCCAGUCCAAAGCUGAGGCCCUGGCCAAAGCUGAGGCCCUGGCCAAAGCUGAGGAACUCCUGAGGGCCGAGACGCUGGCCAAGGCUGAAGCCAUCCUCAAGAGUGAAGAGCUCCUGAAAUCCGAAGGCCAGCGGGAGGUUCUUCCUGAGGUCCUGUCGUUGGAGAGCUCAUCGUUGGGGGUCCCGUCGUUGGAGGUCCCAUCGUUGGAGGAAUCCGACAAGCCCAAGGAACCCUGCCAGCCUGAGGUCCCCUUCCUACCCGAGGCCCCCUUCCUGUCUGAAGACCCCCUCACAGCCGAAGGCCCGUUCAUGUCUAAGGAGCCAUUUCCAUCAGACAUUCCCACUGAGCCGGAGGCCCCGCUGCCGCCUGAGAUCAUUGCAUCCAAUGCUCCAUUUGAGCCCGAUGCAUUGUCCAAAGAUGAGCUUCCCCUCCAGUCUGAAGCCUUCUUCAAGGGUGAAGAUGUCUCUGAGGAGGCCAUGCAGCCCACCCUGGAGCAGACAUUUGUGGAGCUGCAGCCUCUUAUGCUAAACACCACAUCUCCAGAAAUGGAGCACCUCGCCGGGCAGCUGGCUAUAUUUGAUGAGCUGGAGGUAAAGCUGUCCAGGAUUUCCUGUGGGGCUACCAACAAGCUGGAUAUGUCAGAAAUGCCACCGCAGUAUUCCAUGACCGACCUGCUGCCACCAAGUGACGUGAAGCCCGAAGUCGAACCCGGCUUUGAGACGGUGCCCAAAAGUGAGGCUGAGCAGCAGCUGCAGAUUCCCCAGCCAGUGGGGGUCACCAAAAAAGAGAGCGUGGGAGUGGAAGUGGCCGUGGUGACGGAUGAAAUCCCGGCAGCCGUGGACCAGGAGCAAGUACUGGCCAGGUUGCAUAUGCUGGAGCAGCAGGUGGUGGGAGGAGAGCAAGCGAAGAACAAGGACCUGAAGGAGAAAUUGAAGCGGCGAAAACGAUAUGCUGAUGAGCGGAAGAAGCAGCUGGUGGCAGCCCUGCAGAACUCUGACGAGGACAGUGGCGACUGGGUGCUCCUGAAUGUCUAUGAUUCUAUUCAGGAGGAAGUGAGAGCCAAGAGCAAACUCCUGGAGAAAAUGCAGAGAAAGCUUCGGGCGGCAGAGGUGGAAAUCAAAGAUCUACAGUCAGAAUUUGAGCUGGAGAAGAUUGAUUACUUGGCCACCAUCCGCAGGCAGGAGCGAGACUUCAUGCUUUUCCAGCAGCUUCUUGAACAGAUGCAGCCACUGAUUCGACGGGACUGUAACUAUAGCAACCUUGAUAAGAUCAAGCGGGAAUCAUCCUGGGAUGAAGAGAAUGGCUUUUGGAAGGUGCCAGAGCCUGUCAUUGUGAAAACCAGUCUCCCUGUAGCAGUUUCAACAUUACCACAGAAUAAGCCUACAAGAAAAACCUGUUCAGCUGAGAAUGGAGAACCAUCGCAGGAAGAAGAUCGUUACAAGCUGAUGCUGAACAGGAGCGACAGUGAAAAUAUUGCCAGCAACUAUUUCCGAUCCAAACGGGCCAGCCAGAUCCUCAGCACGGAUCCCAUGAAGAGCCUGGCUUACCAUAACUCCCCGCCCGGGCUCAACUCCUCCCUCAACAACGCCUCCUCCAUCCUGACACCCAUCUCGCCCACCCAGGCCACGGACAUGCCCCAGCCUCGGCCCUUCCGUCUCGAGUCCCUGGACAUCCCCUUUGCCAAGGCCAAGCGAAAGAAAAGCAAAAGUAACUUUGGCAACGAGCCCCUCUGA